CAUUUCUCUCCCUCCUCAACACUCUUCUUUCCACUGAAUUCCUCUCUUCUGCAAAGCCAAGAGAAUCAAUGGCAAAUUGGUUGUGGUCAUGCGCAUACCCUUCCAAAACAGCCAAUCUCAUCCGAUUUAAUGGCGGCCUGGAAAGAAUAAAGAUUAAGAUGGGAAUGAAGGUUGCGGAAUUGAUGCUCGACAAUCCCAACCAUUUUGUCUGCAAUUUGGGUAGUCUGCAAGCAGGGCAUCGUAUUUUAGCGCUCUCUGCGGAAGAAGAAAUAGAGCGGGGAAAUACAUACGUUCUUCUCCCCAUGCAAAAAUUACGCUGUGUGCUGAGUGAGGCGGACAUGGGUAGAAUUCAACAAUUGAAGAACAAAUCGAAUGCAAUCUCCUCCUCCCACUCCAAAAUCGUUCCACUCUCUCAAGACGACUUUGUGGCGGAGAAAUCGUCGUUGCCAAAACUGGUGGCGAAUGAGGAAGAAAUAGAGAAGAUGAAGAUGAGAAUAGACCGGCAGAGAUGCUGGAAACCCUCAUUGCAUACAAUUGAAGAGACUCGCAGCUUAAAAUUCACAGAAAACGCUCCAAAACGACCAAUUUUGACUUACAGAUUGAGAUAACGCCAUUGAAUUUGUUUACAUCUAUCAUUUUUAUUUAUUUAUUUAUUUAUCAAAAGAGCAAUAAUGAUUAGUUAUGGCCCGAGAUCGUGUGGGGUCACGGCAUCAAUAAUAAGUCUUUCACCGUUUGUCUUUAAGCUUUUGACACGGUGAAGAGAAAAAAUGAGAGAAGCUUUAAUUCGUGUCGUCAGAACACAGUUGUCGUAUUCAAUUAUCGCAUUAGAAACCGAAAGGUGCGCUUUCAAUAUCAAUCACACUUGUAAACAAUUUACGUGGCCUCUUGUAAGCUCCA